GGACCUAAAACUGAACCCCUCGGCACAUGAAAGGGCCGAGCCGCAGCCCCCUAAUGGAAUGUGACGAGGACCUGCCAGUUCUCACGCUUUGAUUUCUCUGGUCUCCUGCGCCUCUUCUCCUUUCUCUUGUGCUCACAUCAGCAUGUCCGUUUAAACAAACAGAAGCUCCGAGGCCAGGAAGGAGAAGUUUGAUUUUCUCUCCCUCUCAUCAUGGCACGCCCAGCGGCUCCAAGCAGUUCCUGUCUUCUACGAGGCCGCAUACCUUUGUGUCGACACGCCGAGUCCCACCCCACGCUCACAGACCUCCGACACAAAGCAGAGCUCUCCAGUGUGUGGCUGCCAGGAGACCGAGGCACAGCCCGGGCACAGAUUGCUCCUUUCGAUUCCUUUUUCUUUUUCACUUUUUGAGAGGAACCCCAAAGGAGCUGCACCUGAAUGACUCGGGCAUAGCCCACCGUGAGUUAUGGAGUCACUCUGGCACUAUCAGUUCAGGAUUAUCAUGCUCGGAGAUUCCACAGUUGGCAAGUCGUCCCUGUUGAAGCGCUACACUGAGGACGUCUUCAUCAGCUUCAUCAAUCAGACGGUGGGGGUCGACUUCUACGUGCAGUUCUUUGAGGUGGAGCCGGGGGUCAAAGUCAAGCUGCAGUUCUGGGACACGGCCGGCCAGGAGAGGUUCAGAUCGGUGACGCGCUCGUAUUACCGGAACUCAGCCGGCGGGCUCAUAGUCUUUGACAUCAGCAACCGAAGCUCCUUCGAGAGUGUGCGAGAGUGGCACAAGGAGGUAUCUGCCCACGUCCAGCCCCACAAGGUCAUCCUCAUGCUUGUGGGUCACAAAAGUGAUUUGGAGGAGGAGAGAACGGUGACCCGUGAGGAAGGUGAAAAGCUCGCCGCUUCUCUGGGCCUGCCGUACAUCGAAACGUCAGCCAAGACCAACAGCAAUGUGGUGGAAGCCUUUCAACAGCUCAGUAGCGCCAUCUACCAGGCCUUGCAGAGCGGAGAGCUGCACCUUCGCAAAGACUGGGAUGGAGUCAAGUGUGGAGCUGCUCGGGCUCAGGAGCUCAACGACACUCAGCCGGUGCCAGUGGAAGAGCCCACCAAGUCCUGCGCCUGCUAAGUAGUCAGCCGCUGCCAGGCUCCCUCUGCUAAAACCAAAAUAACGCAUUCCGAUAUGAAAGAACGUAAACGAUAAAAAAUGGAGCCGCUUUAAUGGAAUCUUUGACCUCUGGAGACUGCAGAGUAGACCACAAGAAAGCUGCCGUGCGGGUCAUUCAGAAAAGGCCCAGGGGAGCCGAAACAACCUCAGCUGAUGAAGCCUUGGCAUUAAGGUAGCAGCGAAAGGAAAACAGC